AGCCGAUGCAACUGCAGCAUUUCAAUAACAAUGACACAAUUCAUCAUCGUCACCUGACCGAAGCCGUAUAAAAAUUGGAUAUUUAGGGUGACAAGACGCAUAUUUUGGGGCGGGAAAGUGGUACCAAAGAGAGGGUGUAUUUUUAUUCAGUUUUUCGCAAUGUUGUGGUUGACAUUUGUCGCUAUUUUGAUCGUCCCUGCCCUAAGUCAACAGGAUCCCGUCCGAGAAAUUCAUUGGGCGUCGAAUCCUGGCUGUCCGGACAAUUUCACACGGUGGGAUUGCAAUGAAACGCAGAUCCUCCAUGUCAUGGCCAAAGGGCCCAACGACACGAUCAACUAUCUUUGGGCCCUUUACUCAAAACCAGCCCUGCUGAUGGCAGUUACGGAGCCUGAGGCCCGACUGCAAAUCGACUGGAACCAGCUCGGCAAUUCGUCCAAACGUUUAAUUCGGUUCGAUCCUCAGCCAACAUACUCAUUUGGCUUAGUCUUGGACAGGAUUAUAGAAUUUUACGACCCAUUGGACAAGGCUGACAUGACUCAGGCUAACAGCUCCAUUGCUUGGGACUGCCGUAAAUUUUCAUGGACGGUGAAGGAUGUAACGUCAGGCGUUGAAAAUCUGCGAGUUGAGCUCCUCGGUAACAAUUAUGAAAAUGGGAGUAAAAUUGGAAACGUGUCAGUAGUGCUAUCAGCCUUUGGAAGUGAUGGCUACGGUCCUCUGCUGCCUCACAUGCAACACUCUAACAACGCCAGCCAAGUGGAAAUCACUCUGGAAAACUUGGAGACUUCAGAGGAUUUUAAAUCGGAGGCAAGGUUCGGUCUGCAGUUGAUGGUAGUGGACAGUGUGCCAGGCGAGGGAAUGGACGACGUCCUUCACAGGAGGAGCCUUGACGAUGAACACACUCCGGGAGUGUUUGACAUCAACACUUUGCAGACUCCAGAGGUGCGCAACGGGGAGGCAGGUGGCUAUAUGGAGUGGCGGCCAGUUGCUUACACAAGUCCGGUGCGGGCCAUUGAAGAGUCCACGUCGGCGGUGCAUUAUCCACUCAAGAACGUCAGCCAGGCCCACCUGAAGGGCACUUUGCUGCACGACUUUUAUGGCCACAACCUGGCGCAUGUGCUUGUACCGCAGUCUCUAAACAUUUCUUUUGGAAUUUCUGAGGAUGGCUUCUAUGAUGUCACCAAAUACAAUGCUUGGACUUUUACGAUGGCAUACGGACAGCCACCGAAGGACAAAUUCUCCUUGCUGGUGAUUAUGAUCCUGGCUGUUGGCCUGGGGUUGCCGGCCGUGAUAUUCGUCUUUGGCGGCGCCUACAUGUGCGUCAAGAAGAGCAGAACAAGAAGAGACGAACCCCUGAUCAACUGAUUUAACUCGUACCGGUAAAAAGAAAUAACCUGAAAUCCCCAUCAAGACUGCGCUCUCUGCCUUCUCUCAUCUACAUAAGCAAUAUUUUUAAUAUUUUCAGCGUUGUUUGUAAAUAAAAUUAGCCAUAUUGUUAAUAA